CGUGUUUCGGCAAUAUCCCGUCCGAAGUACGCUUUCCGCUCCAACCUAUCUCAAAACCAAGCACUAAUCGAACAGACAUAGAUUCUAUACCAAAUACUAUCCCACCUUCCUCUCGUCCCCCUCAUCCGCCUAUGUCGCGCUUCAUCAUGUCUCGCCGCCGUGGUCCAAGAUUACGUCCAACAUAGCAUCCUCUGCCACCAUGCUCCCAAAUCGCCCUAUAAACUGCAGCUCACCGUCUCCGAGCCGGCCCUCAUGACCAAACACGAUGAUCUGGAGUUGACAUACGCCGGCUGCCUGCCCCAAGCAGAUUCCCUAGGGAGGGGGGCGGAGAAACGGGCUGAGCUGCGAUCUGACUAUAGUCGGUUUAAAGUGUGCAGUUCCCGGGGAAUGGACAGCGGAAAUAGAAGCCUGGACUGGCAGAGGAACGGGUUCAGCACUCUUAUAUGUCUCGAUGAACUGGACUCGUUGUAUCAGUUCCACACCAACAUGUACUACCAGAGGCGCGGGCCUCGCAGCUCAUUUUUCACAGGUGGUAAGGAAGAUCUGAAGACUGUGCGGUUAUGGAGGAAUUGGCUGGGCAGUGAGGAAGAAGAAGAAGAUGUGGAGCAGAGUCCGCGAGAGAAGGAUCGGAUUAUCUGGACGGGAUGCGCGCCUGAUGCGAUCGGGUUCACGGUCUCGGUGCAGCGACAUACUCCGUCUGGGGAGGAUGAGGCCGCACUGCAGCUUCCUUCGGUUGGGGGGUCCAGGGAGGCGUGCGAGUUCUACAAGGUGAGGAUUGGGGAGGUGCUGGUUCGGAAUUCCUACCUGUUGGCUUUGCGGGAGAAUUUGGUCAAUUGAUUCUUUUUGAGGUUAGAGGCAAUUUUCCAAAAGGUGAUUGCUUU